GGUAAUGCCGUGGGUGGACCAGAGUUGAUUUUGGGGUGAUUUCGAGCUCGAUAGAAGCCCGAAACUCUGCUGGAUGCGACUGUUUCUGCUAGGUCCGAGACUGAGUUACCCCAGUGUCGAUUCAGGGGGUGCACAGGAGCUGAUACGAGCCCGAAGGAAAAGCUAAAGGACGAAGCGGGAGCUGAGAGAAGGAAUUGGGAGGACUCGUGGAGGUGUUGCAGCUGCGGAUUUUGGAGGACGUCGAGCAAGGCGCCAGUGGUUGCUCAGCUUAGACUUGUGCAGAUCUAGAGACAUCGGAGGACGGACCCAUUGAAGGUGGAGGAGAUGGGACGAAGUCGGAGAGGUGGUCGCUAGGAUGAGGAGGUACUGGCUUGUGACCGAUGACCGAGGACCCGACGCUGUCUUCUCUGUUGAAAUUGGUUCGCCGUGCUCUGCUGCUUGCACUGCCCUCCUGCUGUGUUGCUCCCAGGUCAAGGACAGCAGAGUGCGUCAUGACGUGGGUCCUUGCUCAGUCAACUCAUGUACCUGCUGUGGUUGCUAGUCGGAGGCAUGGCAGCUCGAGCAGGUCAGGAAGGCCUAGAAGAUCUGUAAAAAUGAUGUCUGCUCUUCAGGCACCCUCUCUCUCUAUGAGAGGCUUUUAUGGUUUGCAACGGAAAAUGAUGUCUGCUCUUCAAGCACCCUCUCUCACUAUGAGAGGCUUUUCCGGUUUGCGAGGGACCAAUGCUCUCGACAAUUUAGUUAAGACUGGACUUAGCCUUGAUUUUAAUGCUAAAGUGGCAAGCUCGAUCUCCUUCCCCGGGGGAAGGGGCCGCCGUUGUGUAGCUAGAGCCAUGUUUGAGCGAUUUACGGAAAAGGCAAUUAAGGUAAUCAUGCUUGCCCAGGAGGAAGCACGCAGAUUAGGUCACAAUUUUGUUGGGACAGAGCAAAUCCUACUUGGUCUUAUUGGUGAAGGCACUGGCAUAGCUGCCAAAGUUCUCAAGUCAAUGGGGAUCAAUCUUAAAGAUGCACGUGUUGAGGUGGAGAAAAUAAUUGGAAGGGGGAGUGGGUUUGUUGCUGUGGAGAUUCCAUUUACUCCGAGGGCGAAGCGUGUUUUGGAGCUCUCACUGGAAGAAGCACGUCAACUUGGCCAUAAUUAUAUCGGAUCUGAACACUUGCUUCUUGGAUUGCUUCGAGAGGGUGAAGGGGUGGCAGCUCGUGUUCUCGAGAAUUUGGGUGCUGACCCUGGCAAUAUCCGCACGCAGGUUAUCAGAAUGGUUGGAGAGAGUACUGAGGCUGUUGGUGCUGGUGUUGGAGGCGGAAGUAGUGGCAACAAGAUGCCAACACUCGAGGAAUAUGGGACGAACUUGACCAAGUUGGCGGAGGAGGGUAAACUGGAUCCUGUUGUGGGAAGGCAGCAACAGAUAGAACGUGUUGUCCAAAUCUUGGGUCGUCGAACCAAAAACAACCCUUGUCUUAUUGGAGAGCCUGGUGUAGGGAAGACUGCCAUUGCCGAAGGCCUUGCACAAAGAAUUGCAAGUGGUGAUGUUCCCGAGACAAUUGAAGGGAAGAAGGUUAUUACCUUAGACAUGGGUCUCUUAGUUGCUGGCACGAAAUACCGUGGAGAGUUCGAGGAGAGACUGAAGAAGCUAAUGGAAGAAAUUAAACAGAGUGAUGAAAUAAUGCUUUUCAUUGAUGAGGUUCACACCUUGAUUGGAGCUGGCGCGGCAGAAGGAGCAAUUGAUGCUGCAAACAUAUUGAAACCUGCUCUUGCAAGAGGUGAAUUGCAGUGCAUUGGGGCUACAACACUGGAUGAAUACAGGAAGCAUAUUGAGAAGGACCCAGCUUUAGAAAGACGUUUCCAACCAGUCAAAGUUCCUGAACCAUCAGUUGAUGAAACCAUUCAAAUUCUUAAGGGGCUUCGGGAGAGAUAUGAGAUCCAUCACAAGCUCCGUUACACUGAUGAAGCUCUAGUAGCUGCAGCGCAGCUAUCCUAUCAAUACAUUAGUGACCGUUUCCUCCCUGACAAAGCAAUUGAUUUGGUUGAUGAAGCUGGUUCUCGUGUUCGACUACGUCAUGCACAGCUCCCAGAGGAGGCAAGAGAGCUUGAGAAAGAGCUCAGGCAAAUCACAAAGGAGAAGAAUGAGGCUGUUCGGAGUCAGGACUUUGAGAAGGCUGGGGAACUGCGAGAUAGAGAGAUGGAUCUGAAAGCACAGAUAUCAGCCCUCGUGGAUAAAGGGAAAGAGAUGAGCAAGGCUGAGGCUGAUGCGGGAGAUGUAGGCCCUGUAGUGACUGAAGUAGAUAUUCAGCAUAUUGUGUCUUCUUGGACUGGUAUUCCCGUUGAGAAAGUGUCCAGUGAUGAGUCAGAUCGGCUCCUCAAGAUGGAGGAGACCCUCCACAAGCGAGUCAUCGGACAGGAUGAGGCAGUCAAAGCCAUCAGUCGUGCCAUCCGCCGAGCUCGUGUUGGCCUCAAGAAUCCCAACAGACCAAUAGCUAGCUUCAUCUUCUCUGGUCCGACUGGUGUGGGGAAGUCAGAACUUGCUAAAGCACUGGCUGCAUACUACUUUGGGUCGGAGGAAGCCAUGAUCCGACUUGACAUGAGUGAAUUCAUGGAGAGGCACACAGUUUCCAAGCUCAUUGGUUCCCCCCCUGGUUAUGUUGGUUACACCGAGGGAGGUCAGCUCACUGAGGCGGUCCGUCGCCGGCCUUACACCGUGGUGCUAUUCGAUGAGAUUGAGAAAGCUCAUCCCGAUGUCUUUAACAUGAUGCUCCAGAUCCUUGAGGAUGGGAGGCUGACCGACAGCAAGGGACGGACAGUGGACUUCAAGAACACGUUGCUAAUCAUGACAUCAAAUGUGGGGAGUAGCGUGAUCGAGAAGGGGGGCCGCCGCAUAGGUUUUGAUCUCGAUUAUGACGAGAAGGACAGCAGCUACAACAGGAUUAAGAGCCUGGUGACGGAAGAGCUGAAACAGUACUUCCGCCCUGAGUUCCUCAACAGGCUGGAUGAGAUGAUAGUGUUCCGGCAGCUGACCAAGCUGGAGGUGAAGGAAAUAGCGGACAUCAUGCUGAAGGAGGUGUUUGAGAGGCUCAAGGGCAAGGACAUAGAGCUCCAGGUAACUGAGAGAUUCAGGGAUCGGGUGGUUGAGGAAGGCUACAACCCGAGCUAUGGGGCGAGGCCGCUAAGGAGGGCCAUCAUGAGGCUGCUUGAGGACAGCAUGGCUGAGAAGAUGCUCGCAAGGGAGAUCAAGGAGGGUGACUCUGUUAUCGUUGAUGUUGAUUCUGAUGGUAAUGUGACGGUGCUCAAUGGAAGUAGUGGUUCCCCCGAUGUUCUGCCUGACGCAGCAAGUCCUGUUUAAAAAGUGGGAUUGUGCGGCAUCUCAUUAAUAUGAAUUUUCUUCUUGUUUUUGCUUUUGAGUGAGGGGAGGUGGUUGUAAACAUCUUAGGACUGAUUAAUUAUAAUAGAUGUUAUAUUUAUUAUCUUUUUUA